GCAGACGUUGAUAACCAUUGCGGUGAUGGCCGGGGGAGUGCCUGCCGUCAGCUCGCAGGACAUGGAAAGCUCUUUCGGUAACGAAGGCAUGUUGAGGAACGAACAGGACUGCCUAGAUAGUUUCGUCAACUAUACCUUUGUAGACGAUGACCCUCCCUAUCACGGUUUGUACUGCCCAGUCGAACAUGAUCUCAUUCUCUGCUGGCCUCCGACCAAAGCGGGAGAAACAACAUAUCUACCAUGUCCCGAGGAAGCUGACCAAUACCAAACAACAAUGGCGUUUCGUAGCUGUACCUUAAAUGGUACGUGGGAUACUUCUAUUUCACCAGAAGAAAUUUAUUUGAGCGGGAAAAUAUGCAGAUGUCUUCACUGUAGUGUUAUCUUCACCAUCAACUCAUUUGGCUGUGCCCUUUCAGCAUUAGCCUGUAUCGUAGCCUUUCUCAUCUUUUUAUUUAGCAGGCGUCUCUGGUGCAGGAGAAAUCACAUACAUUGGCAUCUCAUCAGCUCAUUCAUCCUCAAUUAUUUCAUCUAUUUCAUCGCACUUGGAAUUCGACAGUCCGCUAAUGCCACAAAAAUCAAGUGGUUGGAAAAUCUUCUGGAUACGCUCUAUUUCUACGCCUUGAUGACUAACUACUUCUGGAUGCUCGUAGAGGGCCUCUAUCUCCACACCCUGGUUGUUUUUGCCAUGAGAAUCGAUGCGAACCGAAUCAGUUUUCUCAUUUAUGUUUUCAUCGGAUGGAUUUUACCGGCGGUUUUCGUGUCGCUCUGGGCAAUCGUUUCAUCUUUAACCAGAGGAGGAUUUGCUAAUCCAUUAUCACAAAAUGGGAGCGUUCAAGAUUACAUCUGCUUUAUAGGGCCUAUCGGAGUUGCAUUAUUUAUGAAUUGUAUUUUCUUGUUCAACAUCAUGCGCUGCUUGUGUAAAAAACUAAGAGAAAACUUGAGAAACGAAGAACAACAAUCGUGGAGGGGCGCCAAGGCCACCAUGGUGCUGGUCGUCCUCCUUGGCGUUCACUACGUCGUCUUCCUCAUCAUCGUCCCCAUCGUCGAGUCGCAGCUCGAGAUCACGGUCACGCUCGUACUCCAGUACAUCAACACCUUCCUGACCAGCACCCAGGGCAUCCAGGUCUCCGUCAUCUACGUGUUCCUCAACAGCGAGGUCAAAGGCUCUAUCAGACGCACAACGGUAAAAAUAAUGAGAAAACAGGACUGCCCAUGCAUGAGAAGGAGACUAGCAGCUAAUCGCCAGAGAAACUCAUCCUACUCCAGGUGGUUUACGGACGAGAACACGUGCUUGAGUUCGUUGCGUUCAAGUCCCUCGCGGGUUCCGAACAACGGGCGGAUCAACUCCGACUUGUCUGCGACGAUGAACGGCGGCAUCGGAACGAGCGAGCAACCGGCGACGCAGACGGUUUCGUCGGUACCGCAGCACUCACCCAUCCAAGAAAAGUCAGACGAGUUCGAGAAUUACGAACUCGGCGCCUUGCCGGAGAAAGUAGAAAUGGAUAAAGAUGGGGACGUCGUGAGCGCUAAGCACAUCUUACCUCCGCAGGAAGGAAUGCCUCUGUUGAAAGACAAGAACGUAGAGGGCGCGAGACAAGCUGCAAAGACGACUAGCAACGGGAGUCCUCAGAUUGGAGUUAGGGAUACGAACGUGGAGAGAUGUGUCGAUGACGACAACAAUCAGUUGAAAUCAAAUGAAACGCAGCACCUGACCACACAACAUGUCGCAUGCUAGCUGAUAGAGAGAGAUACAUAGAUAUUCUUGUACACAAAUUGAACCCUUGAACAACUCUUACACUGGAUGUGAGAAAGAACAAUCUAAUUAAGACACCAAAAUGUGAGAAAUGUAGACGUUUGGGUGUAUGCAUGCACCCGUCAGUAUGGUCAGUCAAUUAUUGCACGCUUUCAUCUUUAUUGACCUUGGCUGAAAAGAAGGAAAAACGUAAGCAGAUGUUGUAUGUUGAAACAACUUGCCGUCAUCGUCAGGAUUUCAUUUUUAUUGUCGUUGACGUGUAUCAAAGUUCCUGUUCGAGAGACACAGUAUGCUAGAUUUUGGACCAGAGUGAAAGUAGUCCAGACUCUGGCCGGUUCUUCAUAGUAUAUUCCCUACAAUUGAUUCAAGCCGCCGAAGAUGGCGUUAUCAACAAACUCAUUAUCCGCUCACCAGCCCAGCCUAACUCGUCGGGCGUCUUACAAUUUGAUGAUCACGCCAUCUUCGGCUGGUAGCAAGUAAUGUAAGUCGGUGGAGGUAGCGUUGGUGUGGUGGAGAUCAAAAUUAAAUAGGCCAGAUUCUGGACUAGAGUGAUAGUGGCCCUGACUGUUAAACAUCCUCCUUGUCAAUCAAUCACGUGGUUAGAUUGUUUGAAAGUAAACUUGUUGUUUUAGAGCUGCCUGUAAGCCACACCUCAAGUUUAAAGUGAAGUAGAAAGGUUCAAAGGUUACCUGACAUCGAAAGAGUACAUUUUCAUAAUAUGAUGAUUGUGGAAGACUCGAAAGUCCGAAAUGAACAGACUCGUGCAUGUGUAUUAGGAAGUAAGUGGUUUAAAAUGACUAAGUUUUAUAUUCAGCGAUUGUAAAUUUAGAUUGAAUACUGUGUUUUGACGCAGAAACAAUUAUCAUUACACAUCCGACUAUAGUUGUUUGACGUUCAUGGUUGUCAUAAAUUGACAAAUAGUGUGGCCCUCGUGGCACUUUCAGUUUAAAAAGUAUUUUAGAUAUUCAGAUUUUUAGAUAUUUAGAUAUUUAGAUAUUUAGAUAUUCACUCAAAACUAUUCCCACGGACGCAAUUUUGACUCAUGCCGGCGUUUGAUUAUCGUGUCCAAUAAUUGUGAUAGAUUGAAUGAAAGCCCACGUAUUUCACAUGCUGCAUCUAUUUCGAUUCAUAAAAUGUGCUUGCGACUUGGUUUUUGAAAAGCUUUCGUUAAGGAAAAAGUGCUUGCUGAAAUCUCACUGAAUUAUUCUUUGUGUUUGAGUUUUGUAGUACGCCACGAAACGUAGUUUUCCUAGACUUUUAGGUAUUCAAAUUGAUGAGAAUCGAUUAUUAUGGGAUGGUGAGUGAUUUAUUUCGCUAGAUGGGAGUAUUUACACCUUAUAGGAAUUCAAUUCCCAUGUUUCCUUUUUGAUCACAAGUAUGGACUGUUUUCUCUAUUUGUCUCCUUCUAUUCCUCCUUCUUCUUCUUCUCCUUCUUCUUCCUCUCCAAACAAUCGCUAUG